AUGUUGGAGUCGGUGUACUCCAAGGCGGAUGCACGAUUGGUGCCAAGAGAGCCGGCUCGGCCACUUGACCGCUUCAGGCGGCCAUACAGUGCUUAUGCCCUCGUGGUUGUCAAAAAUAGUUAUCUGGAUGAUAUCAUCGCCCCAUCGGGUUGGAAGGUAUGGAGUACCUCUAACCCGCAAACUGACUACAUCACCUUUGCCGAGUACAACAACACUGGCCCUGGUAAUUGGGAGAACAACGCCGCCGCCAGAGUCGCUUGGCAGAAAUGUACUCUGCUCACCAGUGACACUUAUUCGUUGGCCAGCGUUAUGGAUAGCACAGACUGGAUCGACAUGACGUACUGGGACAGCAUCGCGACACCGUCUCCUGCCGUAAAAACUACAGGUCCAGUGACGGUUGGCACGAUAGCCUAUGACGGCACAACACCCCCAGCUGGCGCUUACAUUGUUUCUAAGACCACCAUUGAGGGUGUGACGACUUAUGAUACCAUCCAAGCUGCCCUGGAUGACCUCCCAACUUCAAGCAAAAUCACUCCCACUGUAAUCAUCUACCCAGGCGUCUAUUCGGAACAGCUCGUUCUGAACAAGUCUGGCACGACCAUCUUCAUUGGUUACAGCCAAAGUCCGAAGGACUAUAGCCAGAACAAGGUCACCAUCUCGUUCAACAAGGGCAUCAGCACGCAGUCAGGCUCGUCCAACUCGGACUCUGCCACAGUGUAUGCCACCGGUAAUUAUUUCCAGGCAGUCAACAUCGACUUUGCCAACACUUUUGGCACGACAGAAGAUUACGCCUCGCUCGGUUUUGCCGUCAAGAGCAACAAGUUUGCUGGACUUUGCGGCUGCCAGGUCUAUGGCAACCAAGAUGCACUCCUCGUUAACAGCAAUCUAUUCGCAUCGAACUCUUACAUUGAGGGCAACAUUGACAUGAUUUGGGGAUCCGGCGCAGGAUACUUCUUGAAUUCGACCAUAGCACCCAAUGACGACAAAAUACCUUUGACAGCCAGCAAGAGAACAACCAACACCACGGCUGCUGGUUUCGUGUUCGACCAGUGUAGAGUAACCCCCGCACGAGGCGCAACCUUCAGCCAGGUCUCGCUCGGUCGUCCCUGGAACGCCUUUGCCAGAGUUGCAUGGAUUGGCAGCUAUCUUGACUCGUGUAUCGAAUCAACUGGUUGGGAUGUUUGGACCAAGAGCGACCCUCGCACUGAUGGCGUCACCUUCGGAGAGUAUGGCAACUAUGGCCCCGGAGCAUCGAGCUCAGCGAUGCUCAGGCUGCCGAGUUCCAAGUUGCGAAUUUUUCCACAACAUCUUGGAUCAAUGAGGCUUUUGUCUACACCUCGCCCUUUACAGCUGCCAACUUGA